ACGUUCGGCUCAACCACUCACUCUCUCUCUCCCCGGCGAAACAAAACGUCAUUUCGUGUUAGUUUAUUAUUGGUUUUCAGUGGAAAUAACAUUCUGGAAGGGACCGGUCGUGUGUUAUGUGCUCCAUCGAAUCUCGUUUGGGAAAUGAGCAGACCCCGCGUUUCACGAUGAUAGACUCCAGCAGUCAGGCGAGCUCGAGCGGUCUGGCGACGGCCCUCCGCGACCGCUCAAGCUGCUCAAUCCCAAACCAGCCGAACCGCUCCCUGCCAGUGCGCCCAGCGCCGCACAUCCCCUGCAGGAGCCUCCUCCCCCGCCGGGCGCUCCCGCCGCACUCCCCCGCGGGGCUGGACUCCCCAGACUCCGAAUCAGUGACGACCUCGUCCGACCGCUCGCACCAGGACCCGACGGUCGGUCUCAUCAGGAUCGAAGUUCCGCACUGGCACAACGACAUCCGCCAGCCGUACAUCAACAUCGUGAACCUGUCGACGCUGCACGCGCCGUCGGAGGCGGCCCGCGGGCUCAAGCGUAAGGCAAUCGAGCCCGAGGACAGCGUGACCACUUCAAACUGCAGUCUGAUCGACAUCUCCCACAGCCCCGACCGCUCCGACAGCUCAAAACAGGGCUCUCCCUCGUCGGUCUCCGCAGCGGACUCCCCGAGGACGCCGCACCCUGAGGGCGACUCGACCCUAAAGAAACGGCGAAAGCGAAAGCUGAAGAGGGACGAGGAAAAGAUGGAGAUUAACCUGGAGCCCCAGCCCUCGAAGAUGGUUCCCCCCCUGCGACUGAAGAAGAUCCAGAGUCUCCAGGAGGACGUGCCGAGCGUCGCGACCUGGGGAGCCCCGAAGAAGCCGGAGCCGCAGGAAGUUCUCCCGGGCUUCAGAUUUUACCAGCCCCGACCACCGGACCCCGACCUCCCCAAAGACGCCUCCAACUACCGCAUCGUCACCGGGACGACUCCCCCCUACGACGAGUACAUCGACUCCAGCACUGUCAAGGCCCUUGACAAAGCCUCAAGGGCCGUCGAUCAGUGCCAGAAGGACGAGAACCUGCGGUUCAGGCAGAACAAGCUGAAGCUCAAGCUGAAGGACUUGAAGAAGAAGACAGUCGAGCUGGGGAGGGAGAUGCUGAGGACGGCGAUGACGUCCCCCGACAACUCCGCCCAGGAGACCCCCGUCGAGGAGCAGAUCAAGAAGCUGACGAGUUUGCUGAAGAAACUGCCGGAGGCGGCUGCGAGGGCCGACGCCGACUGUCAGCUGGAGGACGUCCCAGGGGCUGUCGUCACCUCGACGAUCUCGGGAGUUCUCCAGAGCGCCCCGUCCCCGGAGCCCCCCAAGCUCUCCCCGAAGGCCCCAGUGGACUUCGGAAAUUCACUGAACGUUCACCAGGUCAGGGACACCCCUCCAGUCCUGGCGAAGGCGAUCGCCCAUGGGGAGGACACCGAGGACACCUGGCAGGAGUUCGAGGGCCUGAGGGGCCUCCUGAAGAUCACGAAGAAGGGGGAGGGGAAGCCGGAGGGCUCCGUCGUCGCGUCGUCCGUCAUCACGACGACGAGUGACAGCUCGAUUCACGAGGAAAUCGAUCUGGAUAACAAGUGCCAGGUUGACCUGGGGCUCAGGGCGAAUGCAAAAACGGAGAUAAAUCCGGUGAGGCUGAGGAAUCAGGUGAGGGCCAUCGAGAUCAAGAGCCUGAUGGGGAGCCCGGACAUUCCGGAAGUCAUUAAGAUCGAUCUCAGGAAGACCCCGAGCCCUGGGGAGAUGGUGAUUGACACCACGAGCGUUCUCCAGGAGUUCGAGAAGAGGUCGGAUGGAAAUGGGCCUGGGGUGGGGGGCGCUGGGGACCUGGGGGCUGCCCUGAGCCUCCAGGGGGCUCGGGCCGACGCCCUGAGGAUUCGGACUCCUGCCCCGAUUAGCUCCUCCUCGGAGGCCCCCGGACCGCCGGCUUCCCUGGAGGAUUGUCUGGGUGUCAGUGACUCGAAGGAUUUGGCGAUGGCGGAACAGUUCCCCACCCUCGGGAACUGGCUCGCCAGGAUGUCGGCUAAAAUGCCGAGUGAAGCUCCUAAAGGCGUCUCCAAGAAGGCGUCGGGCGAGCAGAUUGUCAUUGAGAGCAGGAGCCCCGCGUAUCAGCCGAGGGUCCAGGGGUACAGUCUGGGGAGUGGGAAGGGUGUUGGGGCGGAUUUGAGCGCGGGGGGAGGCGCGAGGGAGAAUGGGAGACGGUGGAGGGAGGGGCGGGAGGGCCAGGAACAGAGGGCUCAGGAGUACGGCAGCGGGGGGGGGGGGGGGGGGAACGUGCAGGCGAUGCAGCAGAGCCAGCAGAUGGCGCAGGAGUAUUGCGCACCGACGGUGCCGGUGGGGAGAUAUUAUCCGAGGAAUUAUCCGAUGGAUCCGUACGGGAUUCCGUACGGCUACAACUACCCGUCCCUGGCAGCGGCCUCUCUUUGGAGUGGAGCCGUCCUCCAGUACCCCUUCAUGCGUCCUCGAGGUCUUCCUCAGGGCUACCAGCCUCGUUUCCCCAGCAACGUCAUGCAGUACCACAUGCCCCCAGGCUCGCUGUCCCAGCAGAGGGCCCCACCCCCUCCCUACGCCCUCCCAGGCCAGUCGCAAGUGCCUCAGGCCCCCCAGGACCCCAAGAGGGCCCCAGAGCCCUCGAGAAACGACCCAGGGAGCUACGAUCCCACCGUCACGACCAAGAGAGCGGAGUGCCCCCCGGUGUCGAUGCCCCAGGGGUCCAGUUACCCCGGCCAGAGGGUCCAGCAGCCCCAGCCCUCCAGGGACCCAUACCCCAACCCCUACGCAGAGCCCAAUCCCCGGGUGUCUGUCUCAGAGUCUUCGAGGGACCAGAUGAACUACCGACAGCCCUGGAGGGGGCCCAUCCUGCCCCCAGGACCCCUCGGCAUGAGGAAUUACCCCAUCAACACCAACUGGGCGUCAGACCCCUGCUCUCUCCUGGCUGCCCUCUCCCCUGCCACUCUCCAGAACUUCACGACACCCAUGCCCAUGGCUCAGAGAAUGAGAAAUCCCAAGGAACAGGUCGACCACACCAGGAACUGCGAAACCCCUCACCUGGGAAAAGUUAAUUACUCGCCGAACACAGCGAGAACUCUCGAGUGCUCAAAUUGUGCCUUGCCAGGACCUCUGUUCAAGUGUCUCGGUUGUGAAGUUGCCUUUUACUGCGAUGAUACGUGCCAGGCUAGACACUGGAGUCGACAUGUCGUCAGCUGUCCCAAGAAAAUGCCUAAGCUCAAAAAAGUCGUGCCUUAAGUAGUUUUAGUCUGUGGAAUCGUCGGGUUUUUUAAGUACUGUUGGGGACACGGACGAAAAAUUUUAGGAGAAGAAUCUAUCGAAUUCGUUGGAAAAUUCUGUUGAAUUUCUAUUGAACUGUUCUAUUAGU